CCUUGGGUUGUAAAGUGAUACCUCCACCAGAUCUAAUGAACAUUUUGUGUGCCUGACGUUUUUCCCAUGGACAGAACGACAAUAAAAGGGAGAAAGAAGCCGAGUGACAUUUAGAUCAGGAAUCGUGGAUUUACCUUGGUUGGAGAAUGUCGAAGAAAACCGUCCCUUUCUCCUCAUUUAUAUCAACUGUUAAAAGGCUGGAACAGAGAGUGGAAGAUCUCCAGGUUCAGUUUGACUUUCUACAGACAGCAGCAGAUAAGCUGGAUCGACGUCUGGCUCUGCAGGGAGAUUCUGUAGUGAAAAAAGAAGGACAGAACGAGACAUGGAAAUCUCUGAUGGAAACCAGCUUUCCACCACUGGAACGGGACCUCUUGUACAGCUAUACGGUGGAUGCCCUGGGUCUGGUGCACAGUCUAGUGAGAGAGCAGUUGCCAGAGUUGGAGAAAGACCUGCCAACAUUUGCUUCCAUACUGAAACUAAAAAGCCUGAAUGAGAAAAUAAAGCAGGCUUACAACACUGCUCUAAAUAAUCUGGGCCUCUGUGAGGACGAUGUGAAGUCUCUGAGCGUUUUUCUCAUCACUUGUUACUAUGGUGCAAAUUAUCUACAACAGGAGGAACGUAAAGCCUGGGUAGGGAAGAUGAACCACAAGAUUGACGUUGUUGUUAGCAAUCAAGAGCUGCAGAGAAGCUUCAAGAAUGCAUUGCUGGCAACAGAAAAGGCCCAACGCCUCAUAGAUACAAAUAAAGAAGGCUAAGUGUAAUGUAGCUUAAUCAUAGGAACAUGUAUUGUAUUGUAUGCUUUGCUUCAGAAGAAUAUCUACAGACUAGCCAUAAUCUCAUUGCCUCUGCAGAGCUGUCAUCCAACCCUGCAGUAUGUCAUGGAAGAGAUAACAGGACAAGAACUAGGAGUAGUCAAAAAAGGCACCUGUCUAGGGUGCAACAAUAGGGGUGUUAAAGGGUCUUCUGCCUACUCCUAGUCCAUGUUUGCUCUCCCCCUCUGUUGCUCUGCUCUCCCCUCCUCACCCAUGCUUAACCACGGCCCCCUGUGUGACAUCAUGGUGCAUGUGUGCACACACAAGGGUGGGGGGGAUAACUGGCUGGCCGGGUUGCCUAGAGGGCCCGGCUGGCUUGGCCCGGCCCUGGGAGUAAAUUAAUUUAUUAAGCCAAAAUUCCUCUUUACACUAAAUGGUAACAUGAAAUAAAGUAUUAAAAAGAC